UCAUUAGAACUCAUAUAAAUGAUGCAAAGACCUAGGUUUUAAGCAUGAAGCUCUUGGAGGAGUGGUAAAUUUUGUUCAGUUCUCGAAGAGAAAGGAAAAUAACAAAAUUGAGAACAACAUAGAUAUCCUAACCCACUUGAACAGAGAAAUGUCAGAGUAUUUACCACAAGAAUUGAUGAUUGACAUCUUCCUAAGACUACCCAUCAAGUCAAUCCUUCGAUUCACAAGUGUUUGCCAGUCAUGGUACUCUCUUCUUACUACCCCUCAUUUUAUCUCUAUGCAUCUCAACCGAAAACAAGAUGACCACAUCCUAGUUCGACAUUUCUCUAGUAACCCCGAAAAUGAAAUAUAUACUUUGUUCUCUGACAAUGACAAAUUGGAUGAGUAUGCCCAGUUUGAUUUGCCAUUUAACUGCAGUAACUAUUUCUUUGAUAUUGUGGGUACUUGUAAUGGGAUUUUGUGCCUUAACGAUGAGAUGUGCUUAUGGAGUGCUUUUUAUCUCUGGAACCCAUCCAUCAGAAAGUCAGUUAAACUCCCAAAUCCUACAUUUAGGGGAGAUGGUAGUUUUGAUCAUACAUUGGGGUUUGGAUUGGAUUCUGUUACGAAUGACUACAAGGUGGUAAGAAUAUCACAAACUUCUUCUGGUAUACCACCUGUUGUUGAGCUUUAUAAGUUAAGUACGGGUGUUUGGAAAGACAUUAGUGAUGUCGCGCUGUCUCAUUUAUUCUUUUGCAAUGAACCACAAGUGUAUAUGAAUGGAGCUUCCCAUAGGGUUGCAUUCAUGUGGGAAAAAGGACCAAGUCCGAGUAUGAUUGUUUCGUUUAAUAUGCAUCAUGAGACAUUCUUUUUAAUAAUGUUGCCUAAUAGUUUAGUUUAUGGGAUACGGCAACAAUGUGGAGUGUUCCUUUUUGUAUCAGAUGAGUCACUUUGUUUAGUUAAUCAUAAAUAUGACAGAACAACUGAUAUUUGGAUGAUGAAAGAGUAUGCUGAUGAAGAAUCAUGGGUGAAACAAUAUAACAUUAGUUCUAGUCACAUUCCAUAUGAGCCCGAGGUUAAUCAUUACUUGAUAAAGCCAAUGGCUACAAGGAAAAAUGGUGAAAUGUUGUGGAAGGAAUGCAAUGGACUAUUGGUGUCAGUUAAUCAUGCAGAUGAAGAGAUAAAGGAUCUUGGCGUUCAUGACUCUAUAGAUAACAAUCACCUGUUUCACGAUUCACUUUAUGUUAAUUCUUACAAAGAGAGUCUUGUUUUACUUGACAAAUGGAAAGAUUAUUGUGCUGAAGAUGCUUAUGGAGAGUCAUUCAAUUCACGGAAGCGAAAGCCCAAAGGUGGGAGAAAGAAGUUGUUAAAGACAAACGCCAAAAAUAGACUACGGAUUGCAUCUCUCUUGCACAUCAGUGGAUUGUUGUAUGUGUUAAAAAUGAAAGGAAAAUGGCUACAGAGAAAAGAAAGGAAGAAAAUGCAAGUCAAAAGACAUUCAUUGGCUAUUUAUCGCCAUUAACUAUGUUGCACCUGAUUUAUAGCCUCUGGCUAUGUUGUAGCUUUUGGUAAAUGCAGAAAAAAGUUAGUGGAAAUGGUUACUUGAGUUUUGCAUAUUUUGUAUAAGAAACAAACCACAAAUCUGCAAAAGUUUCUUUCUGCAUAUUAUUCUUUUAAGUCAUUUAGUUCAGUAUGUUUUUGGCUAAAGUUUAAAUGCUGAUUGCUUAUACAUAUGACAGCUUGUUUUUGUUAAAUUGAUAAUAUUAUGUUGUGUAA